AGACCACGACACGGAAGUAAAAUAAAUGCAGUGGGCGACUUUGACAUCAGUAUGUUUGGAAUAUAAAUAGAUGUGUCUUUUCGGGUGGCAUAAGUGGCGCCGUGUCACAGUCGUCUUGGUUUAUUGUCAUCGUUAUUGUACACACUCUGCAGGUGAAUAAGAGCCAAUACAGCACAGAACCAUGGAUGUGAAACUUGUUGUGUUCCUGUCGUUGCUUGUAAACAUGGUGACCAGUUACAAGCCAACUCAUGAGAAGACUUGGGCAGUCCAGUUGGAAGGUGGAAGAGAAGAGGCGCUGAGAAUAGCACACAAGACAGGGGCGACUCUGGUUAAAAAGAUAUUUGGGGACUACUAUCUCUUCAAAGAUGAGAAUGUCAGAAAGGCUCGCACGAAGAAGGACUGUGAAAAGAUGUUGAAAGCUGAACCUUCUGUAAAAAUGGUGAAAGAAGAUGUACUUCACACUCGACAACUGUAUGCGCAACAUCAAGGUGUGGUCUUGAACGACCCACUUUGGGGCUAUCAGACAUAUCUGCACAGUGGGCUAGUACACAUGAACGUCCUCCCAGCCUGGGAGAGAACACGGAAGGGGGAGGGGGUUGUGGUGGGGGUCAUCGAUGAUGGGAUAUUCACCAACCAACCGGACCUGAGAGAUAACCUGGAUUUAGGUUUAUCAUAUGAUAUUUUUGAAGAGACCACAGACCCAACACCCAACAUAGAACAAUUAAGCCAUGGUACCAACUGUGCAGGAAUUAUCGCAGCAGUCCACAACAACAGCUUCUGUGGUGUUGGAGUGGCUUAUAAGGCCAAGGUUGCAGGUAUCAAGAUGUUCAGUGGCGCUAUCACAGACAUCUCCGAUGCCCAGGAGGCGUCAGCCCUGAGUCAUGAGCACCAGCACAUCAGUAUCUACUCCUGCAGCUGGGGACCGUCAGACUGGAACAACGCACUGGAAGGUCCUGAUACUGUCGCUAGGGAGGCACUGGUCAUGGCUGCACGAGAGGGUCGGGAUGGAAAAGGUUCCAUCUUUGUGUUCUCCACCGGUAAUGGUGGAACGUACGGUGACAGCUGUGCCUACAAUGGCUACAUCAACACCAACAACACCAUCGGCAUCGGUGGGCUGCUGCAGGAUGGUUCCAUCCCCAGUUUUGCUGAGGCCUGCACCAGUGUGUUUGCUGUGACGUAUAGUAGAGACUACACAGGAGACACGGCCAAUUUGGUUGUUCCCUACAGAUCAUCAGGCUGCCGGACAUCCGUCUCUGGAACGUCUCCUGCUGCGGCAAUGGCAGCUGGUGUCUUCUCACUCGUGCUUAGUGCUAAGUAAAUAACAUCUGUUUUGAAACUAAACGUAUACAAUUGAAUGUCAUUGAAUACUCUAACAUUUAUUUUUACAUUCACUGUCUUUUCA